UCUCUCUCUCUCUCUCUCUCUCUCUCUCUUCUGUUCUCUCUCUUUUGUCGUGUUUGGUCUGCUUUCCUUGGACCCCCAUCAUCUCCCCUUUCUUCAACCUUCUUGCUUGCCUUGCUUUCUCUGUCUUUGAAAACUGUCACUCUUCUGCUAUUACUCGGAGUUGUAGAUAGAGAGAGAGAUAGAGAGAGAAACGAAACCAGGGAGCGGCGGUGUAGUAAUGGGUUGGUUCCUUUGUUCUGGAAAAUCCAAGAGGAAAGCAAAGAAACAGCAGGAUGCCCAGAUCCCGUCGAAUAUAGAAAAGUUAAAGGUAAAUUCUUCAUUUGAUGCAAAGAAGGAAGCUUCUAAAGAUGGAGGAUCAGGACAUAUCGCUGCACACACAUUUACUUUUCGAGAAUUAGCUUCAGCUACCAAGAAUUUUAGGGCAGAUUGUCUUUUGGGCGAAGGGGGAUUCGGUAGAGUGUAUAAGGGACGACUAGAGAGCACCAAUCAGAUUGUAGCAAUAAAACAGCUUGAUCGGAAUGGUUUGCAAGGGAACCGUGAGUUCCUUGUUGAAGUGCUGAUGCUAAGCCUACUUCACCAUGAAAACUUGGUAAACCUGAUUGGAUAUUGUGCCGAUGGAGAUCAGAGGCUUCUGGUGUAUGAAUACAUGCCAUUGGGGUCGCUGGAAGACCAUCUGCACGAUCUUCAACCUGACAAAAAGCGACUUGACUGGAACACAAGAAUGAAAAUAGCAGCUGGUGCUGCAAAGGGCUUAGAGUAUUUGCAUGACAAAGCAAAUCCUCCUGUUAUAUACCGAGAUCUGAAGUGCUCAAACAUUUUGUUGGAUGAAGGCUUUCAUCCCAAGCUUUCCGAUUUCGGUUUGGCCAAAUUGGGGCCUGUAGGUGAUAAGACACAUGUAUCUACUAGAGUGAUGGGAACGUAUGGAUAUUGUGCCCCAGAAUAUGCCAUGACGGGACAGCUCACACUAAAAUCAGAUGUUUACAGUUUUGGUGUUGUUCUUCUGGAGAUUAUUACUGGCAGAAAGGCUAUUGACAAUUCAAGAGCUGCUGGCGAGCACAAUCUUGUUGCAUGGGCUCGUCCUUUAUUUAAAGAUCGUAGAAAAUUCUCCCAAAUGGCUGAUCCUGCACUUCAAGGUCAAUACCCGGCAAGGGGUUUAUAUCAAGCACUUGCUGUGGCAGCAAUGUGUGUUCAGGAGCAACCCAACAUGCGUCCACUUAUUGCAGAUGUGGUGACAGCCUUAACUUACCUUGCAUCCCAAAAAUACGAUCCUGAAACCCAGCCAGUCCAGAAACCUAGCUCUGGCUCAUCUACACCAAGAAUGCGAAAGGAGCGAUGAUUCUAGCAGUGGUGAAAUGUCUGAAAAAAACAUGGCAAGGUGAGAGCCAACGAACGUAGUAAUUGUGCGGAUUAUGAGGAUUGCAAGCAUUCUUUGUCUGCAUCAAUGGACUAAGGUUGUCUACCAAAUCCUGUGCUAGUCCAACAAGCUCGGGUAAGAGUUUUUCAGUCACUUCAAUAACUAGUAAUAGAAAAAAAAAAAGAAAAAAAAAAAUGGAAGGAAGAAAAAAGGCUGAAUCCCAAAUCGACAGCAUUUUAUUUUUGUGAAGUUAGUUUGCGUAGUCUUUCUUCAAUCGGUUGGUUUUUAUUUACUUUUUUUUUUGCGCAAUUGUAGCUUUUUGUUCAAUUUUCUUUGUAUCCUACCAAACCGUUCGUCACAUUUUCUUGAUGUGUUGUGACUGCUGAUGAGCUGAGCCUUGGAUCAUUCGAGGUUUGGACAAUGGGGCUUUUGUAUCUAAAAUGUUUAUAAACAUCGUACUGCUUCUGAGGCUACCUCUGCUUGUAAUUAUAUUUCUAGUGUAUUUACCUUCUGGCUUUUUGCUUUGUUUUUUC